GACUGUCACAUCGUUGCCAUGGCGAAACUCUUUGAGUCAAUUGGAAAAUUGGGAUUGGCCUUGGCCAUUGGAGGAGGUGUAGUUAACUCAGCUCUAUUUAACGCUGUCCGUUCUGUGGGUGGGCAGGAAAAAAAAAUCUAGUAUUUGUACACAGCACUGGCUCUGUAAAUGGGACAAAACAAAGUGGAUCAGACUGAUCCACACAACACUAGUCCAGCCAAUCAGCAACAGGGGGUGGUUCUUGUGCAUGCACAGGAUGGAGGUGGGGCAGAGCGAGAGGAGAAGAGCGAUGGCAAAUCUGGCUGAUGAGAACUUUUGAAACUCCAAGGAGGACAAAUGGCUGAGAAACAGACCAAGAGAAAAAGGUCAGACAAAUAUAAACUAAAAAAGAAGGAUUAUGAUAAGUCGAAGGCUAGGAGCCGCGUCAACAUCGGUGAGGGUUUUCAGCGGUGGUGAGACCUCUGAGAGGUAAAAGGCUUGAAGAUGGAUGCAGAAGUUGCUCUUUUUCUUCUCGAUAGUUGACGCAGGUCACAGGGCUGUCAUCUUCGACCGCUUUCGCGGUGUCCAAGAUGCCAUCGUUGGGGAGGGCACACACUUCCUUAUUCCCUGGGUGCAGAAACCAAUUAUUUUUGACUGCAGGUCCCGUCCACGCAACGUGCCUGUCAUCACUGGUAGCAAAGAUUUACAGAAUGUGAACAUCACCCUGAGAAUUCUGUUCCGGCCAGUUGCUGCACAGCUGCCAAGGAUUUUCACCAGCAUUGGAGAGGACUAUGAUGAGAGAGUGCUGCCCUCCAUCACUACUGAGGUGUUGAAAGCUGUAGUAGCCCGUUUUGAUGCAGGCGAGCUCAUCACUCAGAGAGAGCUGGUGUCUAGGCAGGUCAGUGAGGAUCUGACGGAAAGAGCAUCCACCUUUGGCCUUAUUCUUGAUGACGUCUCCCUGACACAUCUGACGUUUGGCAAGGAGUUCACAGAGGCUGUUGAGAUGAAGCAGGUUGCACAGCAGGACGCAGAGAGAGCCAGAUUUGUCGUUGAAAAGGCCGAGCAACAGAAGCAGGCAACCAUUAUAUCAGCGGAAGGAGACUCCCAGGCUGCUCUGUUGAUUGCUGAUUCUCUGGCAGUGGCUGGUGAUGGUCUGGUGGAGCUGAGAAAGUUGGAGGCAGCUGAGGACAUCGCCUUCCAGCUUAGCCGCUCUCGCAAUGUCACUUACCUCCCAUCUGGACAGGGCACACUCCUGCAGUUACCACAGUGA